GUAUUGGCAGAUAAAUCCAGUGCCUUCCUUCCUCUAACAACAAAUACCGGGCCAGGUGACUGAGGAGUGAAAGCCGCGAAGUGAUGACUAGUGUUAUGAUGCUCUACACUCUUCAAGACUCCGGCAUUCGAACCUCGGUCCAGUCGGCUCCUGUUGUUGUUUUUUCCGCCUUUUUCCUCUACCAUUUAGAGUCAUCUGUCUGCUCCUGUAACCCAAGUACUCUGCUUCGCUACUCAAUGGCAGCCUUCCUUUGUUGUCAUCACAAAGGGCAGGUACUUGGGUGCAGUCCUAGUUUACUUCGCGAUACUUGGAGCCGCCCUUCAAUGUUUUGGAUUUCUAGAUACUUGGCUUCGUGGUCAUUCAUACCCCUCGUUAGUAUGAAGAUAAAUCCAUCAACAGACCCAAAUCCUCAAACGCCAACAACCCCCAUCAGACAUCAAAGGCGGCUCCCGCACACCCUCAUGACCACAAAACGCAACGGUGAUGAUAUCUUAACUGCCGCCCGCCCCUUCGGAAACCCCACGCAAGCGCCGAUCCGACACCAUCGGGCGGCACACGGGCGGAUAGCAUUCGCUCUGCACAAUUGAGUUGUGCAAAGGGGGACGGGAGUAUGUGUGUUUGUGUACGU